CCUUUAACGAACUCGGGCGAUCGCAAGCGUGGAUCAAGGGGGCGCGAGGCGGGCGCCCCCCAGCUCGACCGCAUGUGGAUGGGGCGGCGGCCCGCCACGUGGGCGUGGCCGCUCGGGCUGGCCGCCGCGGCCGGCGCCGGGGGCGCCCGCCGCGGGGCUGCUGCGGCGGCGUGCGCGGGCGGCUGCGGCGGGGAGGGCGGGGAGGCCGCAUCCCUGCUGCAGGUCCACCGCGGCGAGCAUGCGGCGGCCCCUGCGGCCGGCGGCGAUCGUGCGGUGCAGACCGCCGCGGGCUCUGCCGGGGACUUCUGCGCCGCCUCGUCGUUCGCGAUGACCAUCUCGGGGAACACCGCAACUUACCGAUUGCCGGCCGGUAGCUCCCACACCGCCCAGUGCCGCUUCGGUCCUCUGGACGCUGGCACCAUCACCUUCCUGUGCAGCGGCGGUACGUGGACAUUUGGCAGCGAAGACUGCGAGUCUUCCCUGGGUGGGUGCACGGCCACACAGUUCACAGUUAACCUUAACGGGCAAUCGCACGUGUAUUCUGUCCCAGAGGCCCAGGCAGGAGGCAUAUUUACCGACCAGUGCCAGUUCGGCGAUUGGAACAGCGGCACGGUAACGUUCCACUGCCAAAGCGGCAAGUGGGAGUUCGGCAGCCACGCGUGCAGCAGCGAUGUGGGCAAUUGCCUCCCGACAAAUUUUGCCGUGCACAUUGGACAGCACAGCAACCAGUUCAACCUCCCCUCUGGGAGUAGAGGGGAGACCUUAUCUGAGGCUUGCGACUUUGGGGUGCUCCAGUCCGGCGACGUGGUUUUUGUGUGCCAGGGCGGAGAAUGGGAGAUGCAGAGUAAUAAUUGUGUUGCUGGGCCUGACUUCUGCCCAUCUGGGAGCUUUAAAGUCAAGCUUGGCGCCUUCACCAAAAUGUACCAGCUACCAGAUGGUCAGGCUGGUGAAAAGCACGCUGAACAGUGCGAUUUCGGCCCCCAUACGUCUGGGGAUGUCACCUUCGUGUGCGAGAACGGAAGGUGGUGGCUCGGCGGCACUGACUGUUCCGACCCGUCCGUUUAA